GAUCUAUGCUUAUAUUAUAAGUCUAUGUUUACGAUAUCGCAACACCAACAUGGUGAACUGACGUACCGACAUCAAUGUCUUUAUUCUUACCCAGAUAGCGCUUCAGCCACUACAAAACUUGGAGGCCCUUUAAAGCUCUUGCUGUAGAUCAUAGUGGAAGGAAUAAAGGCUGCUGGCACUAAUCUGCUGUGGGUCGUAUGAAUUGGUAUGCGGUAGAGUUCCUGUAAAAUAUGUAAAACCCUAACCAAAGUGGCCCAGAAGUGCUUCACUCUCGCAAUUAGUGAAGAUUCGGCUGCGUGUUUGUAAUUUAAAGAAUCAUCAUUCAUUAUAAGUCUUACUGGGUCGUAAGGAUAACAGCGAGGGUCUAACCAAAUGCAACCAAUAAAUAAACCCUGCGAUCUGAAUUUAAAAGUAACUACCUCUCCAAUUCCUCUAAAGUGGAGAAGUGUUCGUGACCUAAAGUCGAAAUGAUGGAAGUAAUACUAUUUCUUGCACGUGGUCGGUACUGGCCUGAAAAAUACGGUCGACUUAUGCAGGAGUGUCAACAAUAUUGGAUACUGCAGGUGAUUCCGUACUACCAGAUCAUCGGGCGUUCACCAAAACUAUCAUGUAUUCUGCCUACAACAACACAACUAAUACCGCAACAGUUGUCAUGGUGGAAUUCCUUCAGGAGACCUCGUCUUAGGUAUCACGAUCUUGUCGCUGUGAACAUUCCAUUGACAAUUGAAGCUAAGAGCCACCAUAAAAUUGUCAACACCUCUUGCGAAGUUGAGAAUACUACUUUGGCUUUAAAUGAUAGCGACACCCACAUUUUUGAUUUUAAAUGCAGAACAGCUAACGAGAUCCGAGCCUCAAGCUGCCUCCAGAAACUACUCUGCAUUGAUAUUGAAAAGGCUGAUAUUUGGGUCAAAGCUAAUAGAAGUUUUAGUCUCAUCAAUCCAGCUGAUAUAUCGCUUAAUUAUAAAGCAUGCCUGGACGCUGACAUAUCUGAGGCAACUAUCAGAGAAAAUGCAUGGUUACUGUCUUAUCCACACAAUAUAUUCAAGACAAAGAUGAAGCUGAUUAAGAACAUGUUUUUUACUAACUUUCAAAAUGGUAUUCCACUCUUUCGCUUAGGCAUAUUCCGUUUGCUGGCACUUUCGAAACAGCUCAUAUACGAUGUCAGAUGGUAUGGUGGAAGUAACAGAAUACAGUAUCUAGCUGAACAACUUCAGUGUUCCAUGUUUGAGGUGUGCCAACUUAUAGUCAAGUACCAAUUUAUGCAGAAUCAUCCGUUCGAUAAGCUCCGCGAUACCUUGAAAAUACUGCUACACUACAGGAUAGAACGGGAAGCUAUUAUGAACGACUGUUGGGCAUUUAGACAGAAUCCUGAAACCAUUAUUGACAGAUUGGAGAGAAUUAGAGAAGCUGGAAUUUUUCCUGUCAAACCUUGGAUGGUUCGUUGUAUAGAACCUGUUAUUGCCAGGAGGAUCAAUAAAGAGUCUCAUCGACGUGCAAUACUAGGAGAAAAUGGGACAAUAAUUUAUUAUCUUUCGGAAAGAUUUCAAUGUGAUGAAAAUAAAGUAGCUGUUAUUCUCUCUAAGUUACCACAAAUCAAGCAUGUAAGUGGGCCCAAAACAAAGAAAGUUGUCGAUUUUCUGAUAGAAAACGAAUAUACCAUAGAGCAUGUGAUACGGGUGCCACGAAUUCUUUUUCAUGGAGUAGAAAAAGCACAGAAACGACUGAAUGAACUACUCGAAUAUGGACACAAGCCCAAAAGUCUCAUAGUAUUCUGUAAAACAGAAAAAGAAUAUAAUGAAUAUUUGGAAAGAAUUAAAAAGAAAUGGCUGAAAAAUGAGAAGAAGUGAAUUAUUGACCAGCUAUUUAUUCAUUAUUUAUUUUCAUAAACGAAAGAGUUAAAAGUUAUUGCACGUCAUCUUCAUUUGAAACAAAACGCAAUAUGUGAAGGCCUAUACUUGAAGAAACUACUCCGCCAUCUCACCAUUUCUUAUUUGUGUUGGAGUUGAUGAAUUAGUGCUACUCCUGAACGGUCAAUAUUAAAAUUCACCAAAAUAUGUAUAUAUAUAAAUAAAUUUACAGAGAAGCUUUCUUGACACUGAUCCUUCACACCAAUGAUGCAAGCAAACACGCAAUAGUAAAAGCAAGGCAUGAGGUCAUGUCUAUUGGUCAGAGAAACCUGAUUCAAGGGAUCAUUGUUGUACGUGAAGUUGUUCAUGAGUUUAUUAUCUCAAGAGUCGAUAGCGGUAUGGUAGUAACUAUUAGCUCAUUCACCCCAGCUUGGGUGACAUCUAAUCGACAAACUUUUGUUGUGUUUCAAGGGGGUGCUCUAGUUGAUUUUCACGUUGUCUAUAUCGCCAAAUAUCAAAAUCCAGGUAUCUCAAAUGCAAAAAAGGGCCCAACAGCCCCAUUUUGUACGCAAUUAUGAACAAAAACGCUCAAAUAGAUUUUCAUUUGACGCAGAAAUAAAGAAAUGACAUGAAUUCUACGAAUAUACAAUUGCAAUUUCGUAGAAACCAUGCCAUUUCUUUGUUGCUGCGUCAAAUGAAAUUUAUUGGAGUGUUCUUGUUCAGAAUUGCACAUAGAAUGGGGCUGUUAGGCUCUUUCUCGUGUUUGAGAUACGUGGAUUCCGAUAUUUGGAGAUAUAUACAUCAAGGUCAAAAUCGAUCAGAGCACCUCUUUGAAGAAAUAAUUAGAAUGCACAUGAUACAUCAUAGAAAAUACAUGCCUGUACCAUUGUUUUACUGUAAGGUAUUUAUUUUAUCACGAAUGAUGAGUGAUGGGUUUGAAGUUGCAUUUGGUAACUUGGAAUAAAUACUACAUACCUAUCA